CAGACUUUAAAAUAUUACUAUCUACACUUAUGACGACUAUAUUUUUUUGUGCGAAUCAGAUGAUAGCCGUCUCAAUUACAUCUGGUACCUCAAAACACUCUGUGACAGAUAAAAUCAUACGUUUUUCUGGAGGUGAGAAGCCCACCAUACAAACUGUACCAAUACUGACAUCUCAUGGAGACAUCCCUGCAUUUUUUGAUGCUCGAAUCAAAUGGGGGAAAAUAUGUCCUUUCAUAGGAAAAGUAAAAAAUCAAGGAAUUUGUAAAUCUGGUUGGGCGAUUGCUGUUGCUGAUGUAAUAACAGACCGUAGAUGUAUAAAAUCUGGAGGUAAGUUUCAGGACAAAUUAUCACCUAUGCAUUUGUUGUCAUGUUGUACAAAUUGUUGUGGGUGUAACGGUGGACAUAUUUUGAAUGCUUGGCGAUUUGUUCUUCAUGAAGGUUUAGUGACAGGAGGGACAUAUCCAGAACAUCCAACUUUUGUACCAAGUGAUGGUUGUCAGCCAUAUCAAAUUCGACCAUUGAUGGAAAGCGAACUAAAUAAAAGUAGUACGUUUGGAAGUAGAACACCAGCUUGUAAAGGAAUAAAAUGCUCUAAUCCAAAAUACUAUAGAGAAGAACAAACUGUGUUUAAAAUUCGUAGUUUUUCUUUGCUUCCUCGUUCAAAUCCAGAAAUAAUUAUGAGAGAAAUUAUGGAAAAUGGUCCAGUUCAAGUAUCAUUUCAUAUGCAUGAAGAUUUUCGAUUGUAUAGAGGAGGACAUCAUAACAAAAUUUUUGCUCAUGUUUGGGGAAAAUUGGAAAAUGAACAUGCUGCAAAGCUGAUUGGCUGGGGCACAUAUGAUGAUGUUAAUUAUUGGCUUUUGAUGAACUCAUUUAGCAGAAAUUGGGGAGAAAAUGGUACAUUUAGAGUGCAUAGAACCAGAAGUGAUCACUUUGAUUUUGGUUAUGCUAUAAUAGCUCCAUCUAUUAGUAAAAGCUCCAGUACAGAAAACUAUGUUUAUUUAAUUAUAAUUAUUAAAAUUAUUUUAUUUUUGAAAUUUUAAUUCUUAAAAAAUGCUUUUAA